AUGUCUAAUGAUAUUAUGGUCACUGCUGUCCUCGAUGUGUUGGACAAGGACAGAAGACCUAUUCAAUGUAGGGGUCUGCUAGAUACCUGCUCUACUACUAAUUUCAUCACUCAACGUCUAGCCGACAUAUUGAAGCUACCUAAGAAUACAUUACCAGAUAUUUCACACGUCGUACCAGAUCAACCUAUUCAACGGAAUUUGAUAAAGAUUCCAGGAAAUAUUAAGUUAGCAGAUCCUAAUUUCCAUAAACCAGCUCCAGUAGAUAUGUUACUUGGAGCCGGGACCACUCUGUCAUUAUUGUCAAUCGGACAAAUCAAAUUAACAUUACCAUAUCAACAAGAAAUGUUCCUCCAGAAGACUCUUCUCGGGUGGAUUAUCGGUGGAUCAGCUCCAGCAAAAGAGUGCCCAUCCUUUAACAAAUUUACGAACGAUGAAGAAGAAUGUGAACAACAUUUUCGUAAACAUAUCGACAGAGAUUCUGACGGACGUUACAUCGUCGCUCUGCCUUUCAAACCUCAUAGCCCAAAAUUGGGAAAAUUAUAUCAUUUAGCUCUCAAAAGAUUUGAAAACACCGAAAGAAGAUUAAGCAAAACUCCAGGACAAAGAGAAGCGUACAACGAAGUUUUAAAUGACUACCUGAAGCAGAAUCACAUGCCACAUAUACAAUGUGAUCCAACAGAUAUCGAGAGCUAUUAUUUACCACACCAUGCAGUUAUUAAAGAAACCAGUAUGACUACUGAUCUACGAGUAGUGUUUGAUGGCUCCUUCAAAACUACAACCGGAGUUUCCUUGAAUGACGUUCUGUACACUGGUUCUACGAUUCAACCUGACCUGUGUACUACAUUAUUAAGAUUCCAUUUACAUCCUAUAGUAAUUACUGGAGAUUUAAAACAAAUGUAUCGACAAUUUUUAGUAAGAAAACAAGACCGGGCAUACCAACGCAUUAUUUGGAAAGAUGAAACAAAUAAAAUGAAAAUUUUUGAAUUAAACACUGUCACGUUCGGAAUUACUUGUGCUCCUUUUUUAGCGAUUCGCUGUGUACAACAACUUGCUGAAGAUGAAGGUAAAUUGUAUCCAUUAGAAGCUCAUUUAUUAUUGUCUGAUUUUUAUGUAGAUGAUUUUUUAAGUGGAGCAAAAACUCGACAACAAGCUAAACUAAUCAUAAAACAAAUGAUUGGUAUAUUAUCUAAAGCAGGAUUGACCAUGAGACAAUGGGCAUCAAACGAUCUUUUGGUAUUAGAAAAUAUACCUAAGGAAGACAUCAACCCACGGCUGCAACUUGGAGACACCACAUUGAAAACUUUAGGUGUAUAUUGGGACUCAGAUUGGGAUGAGUCACUGCCUAUUGAGCUCCAUACAGAAUGGAUGACGUACUGUCAGCAAUUAAUCGUAUUGAACCAAUUGUCAUUUCCUUGUACUAUUAUGACUGCUGAAAUUCAAGAUAUGCAAAUCCACGGAUUCUCAGAUGCCAGUGAACGCGCAUAUGGUGCUUGUAUUUAUUUACGCAUGAUCGACACUUCAAAUAAUGUCAAAGUGCAGUUACUCUGCGCUAAAUUCAGAGUAGCCCCGGUCAAAACUAUCACAAUUCCACGAUUAGAAUUGUGUGGCGCACAGCUUUUGGCUACUCUUACCACAACAGUGACUACUGCUAUUAAAGAAAAAAUAAAAAAUAUUCAUUACUGGACUGACUCAACUAUAGUGUUGCGUUGGCUUCAGACUUCUCCACAGCAACUCAAAACCUUUGUAGGUCAUCGAGUUGCAGACAUCCAAAACAGAACAGAUAUCAAUUUGUGGCGUCAUGUUCCUACUCAAGAUAAUCCAGCGGAUUUAGUGUCCCGCGGAUUAAUGCCGCAAGACUUUCUCUCCGCGAAUUUGUGGUGUAAUGGACCUACAUGGUUAUUAAGACCAGAGACUGAGUGGCCAACCAUUAACUAA